AUGAGCGUUGUACUAGACACAGAGGAGCAGAACAGUGGAACUGUGAAAGCAGGAGGCGAGAUGAAUAACCUCCAAAAUGAACAAGAAGACAGAGGUACUAUGAUAAAGAGUCGGAAAAGGAAACGACACGCAACAACUAAGCGUUCAACUGCCAGUCUUGUCGACGUGGAGACGCAAACAGAGGAUUUGCCUGCAAUAGCCUGUGGCGAUGGUGAAGGGCAGACGGAACCAUUAGCCUCUAUUGAGGGAGAAGCCCAGACAGAGGCAGAGCCAUUUGCCUGUGUUGAGUCAAGGGAGAUGCAGACAGAGGGUUUUGUAGGCGCUUCGGUGGAGAUACAAACGGAAGUGGUGGCUGGUGAGGUAAGAAUGACACAGACUGAAGUCGUUGAAUUCACUUUGGCUCAGACGCAGACUGAGACGGCUGUUGCUGGCGAGGUGGAAACUCAGACGGAAGCUAUCGCUGGCCGGAUAGCAGAGACGCAGACUCAGACAACGUGUGGUGAGGCGACAGGAACGCAAAC